GUACACUCUGGUUAAUCCCAAGCUUGGAAAAAGUUUGGAGAUAAUUGGACAUUUAUGUUGCUACUUGGUAAUCAGUGGGAGCUGGCUUCACUUUGGAAUCACAAUUUGAAAUAGAGAUGUGAUCUGAGAAAAGGAGCAACUACACAGUUCAAAACAGCAUUUGUUUCAAAGUUUUGCAUCGGUAACCUGGUCGGAUUGUGCAGGUGGGAAAGGCAAUGGAAACUGUUACACAGAUCACCAAAGAUGAGCUGGAAGAGCUCAGAGAAGCUUUUACAAAAGUCGAUCUCAACAGCAGUGGCUACAUCAGUGACUCUGAACUCCAUGAUCUUUUCCGUGAAGCCAAUGUUUCGCUGCCAGGAUACAAAAUACGAGAAAUCGUUGAGAAUUUAAUGAGUGAAGGUGAUAAAGACAAAGAUUGCAAGAUCAGCUUUAAUGAGUUUGUUUCUAUUGUUCAAGAUUUGAAAAACAGACAUGUUGCUAAAACAUUCAGAAUGGCCAUCAACAGGAGAGAAGGCAUCUGUGCCAUUGGUGGAACUUCUGUUCAGUCCAGUGAAGGAACCCAGCAUUCUUACUCAGAAGAAGAAAAGUAUGCAUUUGUUAACUGGAUAAAUAAGGCUUUGGAGAAUGAUCCUGAUUGUGGUGGAAUGUUGCCAAUGGAUCCCAAUACAGAUGCUCUUUUUAAAGCUGUUGAUAAUGGCAUUGUACUCUGCAAAAUGAUCAACCUGUCGGUGCCUGAUACAAUUGAUGAAAGAACGAUCAACAAAAAAAAACUUACAGCAUUUACCAUUCAGGAAAACUUGAAUCUUGCGUUGAACUCUGCCUCUGCUAUUGGUUGUCAUGUUGUCAAUAUUGGUGCACAAGACUUAAGAGAAGGAAAACCCCAUUUGGUUUUGGGACUUCUAUGGCAGAUCAUUAAAAUUGGGCUGUUUGCAGACAUUGAACUUAGCAGAAAUGAAGCACUGGUGGCUUUGCUCCGUGAUGGUGAAAGUCUGGAGGAUCUGAUGAAGUUGUCUCCAGAGGAACUGCUGUUACGAUGGGCUAACUACCAUUUGGAGAAUGCAGGCUACCAGAAAAUCAACAACUUCCACGCGGAUAUCAAGGAUUCAAGGGCCUAUUAUCACCUUCUGAAUCAGAUUGCACCAAAAGGCAAUAAAGAAGGUGAACCACGUAUUGACAUCAACAUGUGGGGCUUUAAUGAGAGCGAUGACCUUAAACGCGCUGAAUACAUGUUACAAGAGGCAGACAAACUAGGCUGCAGACAGUUUGUCACCCCAGCAGAUGUUGUCCAAGGGAACCCAAAACUGAAUUUGGCAUUUGUAGCUAAUCUGUUCAACAAGUAUCCAGCUCUUGAAAAACCUGAGAAUCACGACAUUGAUUGGAGUUUGCUGGAAGGUGAAACCCGUGAAGAAAGAACCUUCCGCAACUGGAUUAACUCUCAAGGAGUAAAUCCAGCAGUCAAUCAUCUGUACAGUGACUUAGUUGAUGCCCUCGUGAUAUUACAGUUGUAUGAGAAAAUCAAGGUGCCAGUUGACUGGAACAAAGUGAACAAGCCACCGUAUCCUAAAUUAGGUGCUAAUAUGAAAAAGCUGGAAAAUUGUAAUUAUGCGGUGGAUUUGGGAAAGGAGCGAGCCAAGUUUUCCUUGGUAGGCAUUGGUGGAAACGAUUUGAAUGAUGGAAACUCAACGCUAACUUUAGCCUUGGUCUGGCAGCUGAUGAGAAGGUAUACACUGAACGUACUUGAAGAACUGGGUGAUGGUCAGAAAGUCAAUGAUGAUAUCAUUAUCAAUUGGGUAAAUAGGACAUUGAAAGAUGCAGGCAAGUCAACCACAGUCCAAAGUUUUAAGGAUAAGAACUUAAGCUCAAGUUUGCCUGUGUUGGAUUUGAUUGAUGCCAUUCAACCUAAUUCUGUUAACUAUGAACUGGUGAAGACUGGGGACCUUUCUGAUGAAGAUAAGCAAGAGAAUGCUAAAUACGCUGUAUCAAUGGCCAGAAAAAUUGGAGCCCGUGUAUAUGCCCUUCCAGAGGACUUGGUGGAAGUGAAGUCCAAGAUGGUUAUGACUGUUUUUGCCUGUUUGAUGGGAAGAGGAAUGAAGAGAGUGUAAAAGAAUGACAUUGGUUUAUGAAGCAAAUAAUAGGCCUUUCAGAUAUUUCCAGGUUGAAAUAUGCUGUUGGCAGAACUUGUUUUCUUUUUAUCGGUUUCCAAGACUGGAACAAGGUGCCUAGAAAGGAGACAAUUGCAUAUAUUUUUUUUUCUUGAAGUGAUAAUGCAUUAAUUCAGCAAAGUACAUAAUGAAAUGUAUUCGUAUAUAAAUACAGAUGCCAACACGCUACAUUUUGUCAAAACUAUCAGGUUUAUAUCUCUCCAGUGAGAAUAUGGGCAAGUAUUGUGGUUAGAUGUGGAUCAUGCUGGGCUUUAUUUUUCUAGUUAGCUUAAUUUGAUUUUGGGUAAUGGUGUUGUAAUCGAGGUUUAUUGGGUGGUAAUUUUUUGAGAGAAAAAUGAUGACAUGAUUUUUACAUAGAUUGACAAUCACUGUUCUUGGUUGUGAUAUUCGCCGAACAUAUUCAAAUCCGACAUUGGUAAAUUUUAGUGACACAGUUUGUAGAUAAAAGUUAACAUUAUUUUUAAAGUCCCCAAAAAUACGGUUAUAGACCAGAGACAUACUGUACAUCAUUUUUCCCCCCUUGACUGACAAUCUCUAUAGUUGGAAUAUUUGAGGGUUUUUUUGGUGAAAGUUAUGUGGCCCCUCUAUUUCUCCAUCUAUCUACUAGCUUCAGUACAUUCCAUAGUCCGUAAUUAUAAAUCAUCAUUUUACCAUGUUUAUUUGUCUCUAGAUUGUUUUUAAGAAAUAAUAAAGCAAAAGCUGCAUGAGAGAUACAUUUUAUUUAAAAUAAUAUACAAUCAUUGUAUGCAGAGAAGUACCAAAGUUUUUGCAUUCUGAAUUAAAUGUGUUGGAAAUGUGGGACCUUUGAGAGGCUUUGGUACAUAAGUUUGAGGUGUGUUGCAAGUCCAGAGAUUUAGCUUUUACUAAUCUAAAUUUUUAAUUGCGUGGCAAAGCUUUCAUUAAUAUUAUAUGGUAAUGGUGGCGAAAGUUGACAAAAUUAAA